AUGGAUGAAAAGACGCGUGUUUUCGACGAGGAGGCUCCGCAGCCUGCUCGCCGAGCCCCAUCUCGAGUGAAAAAGCUCGCCGUGAGCGGCAUCCUGCUUCUACUUGUGUCCUGGAUGCUCCUGGGACAGAAGAUGCAGUCAUGCGGCCACCGAUCUAGGAAGUCCUGGGGGGCAUCUCUUGCAGUUGAGGAAAGAGCCCGCAACAUCUUGUCGCACACGCCUUUGAUUGACGGCCAUAAUGAUCUUCCUAUUCUCGUAAGAGGGCGCUACAACAACCACAUCUACGGCAAAGACUUCACCGAGCCCUUCGAGAACGGUGGUAUGAUCGGACAUGUGGAUCUUCCCAGACUUCGCAAGGGUCAAAACGGCGGUGCCUUUUGGAGCGUCUACACUCCGUGCCCGGCCAACGGCAGUGACUUUUCCGACGAGAACUACGCCGAGAGCAUUCAGUGGACUCUUGACCAAAUCGAUGUCAUCACCCGCAUCAAGGAGGCAUAUCCUAAGGACUUCUCACCUAACCUCAACAGCAAUGAUGCCCUGGCCGCUUUCGCAAAAGGUCAAUUGAUCUCACCUCUGGGUGUGGAGGGGCUUCACCAGAUUGGAAACUACGCCUCUAACCUUCGGCGGUACCACGCAUUGGGCGUGCGCUACUCGACCCUCACCCACAACUGUCACAACAAGUUUGCUGACGCUGCGCUUCUCGAGAGCCCUCUCCGCAAGGCAGAGCCUCUCUGGAACGGUCUCAGCCCAUUGGGGCGACGUCUCGUUCACGAAAUGAACCGCGUUGGGCUGAUUGUCGAUCUCUCUCAUACGAGUGAGGACACUCAGAUUGACGUUCUUGGUGGCAAGGACUGGCAGGGCAGCAAGGCUCCCGUCAUCUUCUCCCAUAGCUCCGCCUUCAGUGUCUGCCCCCAUCCCCGCAAUGUCAAAGACAACGUACUCAAGCUGGUGAAGGAGCGUAAUGCAGUGGUUAUGGUCAACUUUGCCCCCGACUUCAUCUCCUGCGUCGAUGCUGGCAAGGAGAACGGCUUGCCCGAAUUCUACCCAGCCAACGCCACUCUCCACCAAGUUGUUAGACAUAUCCUUCACAUUGGUAACUUGAUUGGGUUCGACCACGUGGGCUUCGGCUCUGACUUUGACGGCAUCGGCUCGGUGCCCAAGGGAUUAGAGGAUGUUUCCAAGUAUCCGGACCUCGUUGCCGAGUUGCUCCGACAAGGACUUAGCGACGAGGAUGCUGCCAAAGUUGUCGGCGGGAACGUGCUUCGUGUCUGGAAGGAGGUCGAUGCUGUUGCUGCGAAGCUGCAGAGGGACGGCGAGCCUGUUCUUGAGGAUGAGCUUCCCAAGUCAAGAUACGGUUAA